AUGGCGAAUCAGCUUCCUCCCGGUGUUAUACCGUUUGGCAGUGACGAAAACUGCACCCUUGAGACUUGCCCGGUCUCAUGGAGCAUUUACGGUUAUCAACCAUCACUUGCGGCCAAUACGACUUUUUUGAUGCUCUACAUUAUAGCCGGAGCAAUCCAUGGCUAUCUUGGCAUUCGAUGGAGAAGCUGGGGGUUUAUGACUGGCAUGCUGCUGGGAUGCCUUUGCGAAGUCAUUGGUUACGCCGGCCGCGUCAUUAUGUCGAAUAACCCUUUCUCCUACCCGGGUUUCAUGACCCAAAUCAUCUGUCUUACCAUCGCCCCCGUAUUCUUCACUGCCUCCAUCUACGUUACGCUUUCAAAGACUAUUGUCCAUCUGGCCCCUGAUUUGUCACGAUUUAAACCCCAGCUUUUUUACUGGAUUUUUAUUCCCUUCGAUGCUACAUGCUUGCUUCUUCAGGCUGCCGGCGGUGCCAUGUCUACCAAUUCGACUGGCAGUAACCAGACCGGUGUCAACAUAUCUCUAGCUGGUCUAAUCUUGCAAGUCGUUGUUCUAACAAUAUUUAUCGGUUUUUUUGCGGAUUUUCUCAUCCGAUAUUUUCGAUCGGGUCAGACCAAGAAGUUUGGAUGGAGACUAAAGGCCUUCUUUUCUGGUCUGACCAUUGCCAUUAUUCUAAUUCUCAGUCGUUGCGCAUAUCGCGUUGCCGAACUGCAAGAUGGAUACAACGGCUCACUGAUCAAAGAGCAGGUUCCUUUCAUUAUAUUAGAAGGGGUGUUCGUUUUUCUUGCUACCCUAGCCUUGUGUUUUGGACAUCCGGGUCUUGUCUUUAAGAAGGCCAAGGCCACCCUUCCUAAUUCUUCAGAUGCUGAGGAAGGAGGUGUCCCACUUGAGCGGAAGUAG